ACGCAUGCGCGCUGAACUUCGUACGAGGAAGUACUGAGAGUGAAAAAUAUCAGGCGAUACAAGUCAAUUGUUUUUAGUUCGAAGGAAAUAGUUGGCCUACAGCUGAAUCAAAAUGUCAGAAGUUGACAAUAACCCGUUUGCGGAUACGUCAAUUGUCAACCCUUUCCAAGAUCCUUCUGUCACACAGUUGACCAACACUGGCAUAGACCCUGUGAAUCUAUACAACCCCUUCCCAGAUCACUCCACCGAGAGCCUAGCAGGGCCCACCAUUCCUGCCUCCAGGGCUCCCUCCCAGCCGGCAGUGCUCCAGCCAUCAACAGAGCCCAGUCCACAAGCCACGGCAGCUGCAGCCCAGGCCAACCUGCUGAGGCAGCAGGAGGAGCUGGAGAGGAAGGCUGCAGAACUGGAGCGCAGGGAGCAGGAGCUCCAGAGCCGAGGCCCUACAGGGAAAGAAAACAAUUGGCCACCUCUGCCAACAUUUUUCCCCAUCAAGCCUUGUUUCUACCAGGACUUUUCUGAGGAUAUUCCUGUAGAGCACAGGAGAGUCUGCAAAAUGAUUUACUACCUUUGGAUGUUCAGCGGUGUUACCCUUUUCCUCAACCUGCUGGCAUGCCUGGCUUACUUCACCACCAACUCAAAUCAUGGUGUGGACUUUGGACUCUCGAUCCUAUGGCUCAUCCUGUUCACCCCCUGCUCCUUCCUCUGCUGGUAUAGACCCAUCUACAAGGCCUUUAAGGCAGACAGUUCCUUCAGCUUCUUCUCCUUCUUUUUUGUGUUUUUCUGCCAAGUGGUGAUUUUCAUCAUCCAAGCAGUGGGCAUUCCCGGGUGGGGGAACAGUGGCUGGAUCAGCUCUAUCUCUGUGAUUUCCACUGACAAGGCCGUGGGAGCCAUCAUGAUCCUGGUGGCCUGCUUCUUCACCGUCUGUGCUGUGCUGUCAAUCAUCUUAUUAAAGAUGGUUCACGGCCAGUAUCGUCAUACAGGGGCUAGUUUCCAGAAGGCCCAGCAAGAGUUCUCCCAGGGUGUUGUCUCCAACAAGAACUUCCAGUCAGCCGCCACCUCUGCUGCCCAGGGAGUCUUACAGGCAAACAACUAAGGCUAGCUCCACUCCCCUGAUACCACUCUCUGUCCCCUCCACCACUGCAAAAGCAACUAAGCUGGGUUAGGCUUUCUCACCAUCAUCACCACCUGUGGAAUGCCUCUUACACUUUUGCUUCACAGUCAAUUAAGGUCCCUUUGAGCCUAAAUUAAAGUUUGCAGGGUUCACAUAGCUAUGGCUGUGUCUAAGACCGUGGGACACUGGGGGGAUAAAUAAACCCACAUGUCUGCUUUUGGAAUGGAAAACAUGAAGUUGAAUGGUUGCAAUGCAUCCCCAUCCGUAACUGUUUUCGCGUGCACUUUUGCAAUGUUCUUCAGUAAAUAUUUGGAUGUGCACUUUUUGCAAUGCUUGUGUGUGUUUGUACCCAUGUGAAAGUUGUAUGUGUGUGUGUAUGCCUGUUUUUCUGUGGCCUUGAUUAUACGAUGUCAAGAAGAUUUUUUUGUGUUUGUUAUUUUUGUCUUUUAGUGUGUUCUCUUUACAUGUAUUAUUGUUGUAACCACAUCUACAGGCCCCAAGUUUUCUCUGGUGGCAUUCUUAAAUGUUACCAUGCCAAUGAAGAGAAUGAGAAUAAGAAAGCUGUCACUUGAGUGGACAGUAUCCUGUAUGAAGUUUAUGCUCACUGUAAUAUGAUUAUGAAAGUCACCCUGGGUAUUAGAAACAAGUUUAGGUGUGAAUGUUACUGGUGAGUACAACAAUCUUACAGAUUGUUGUACUCACCAGUCUUUUCAAAGUAACGUGCCUUCAUAUUCACAAUCUUUCAGUCUUUUACAGUCUGAUGGCUCUUGUCUCAAGCAAUGUGAGGUAUUUUGGUUUCUUUUUGUAGAAAGUGUGCCUUUAGGUUUAAGUAAUUAAAUGAAUUCAGCUUGCCAUUUCCAGCGCAACUACACUUAAUGGUAAAUUAGGGUUAAGGCACGACACCUUUCUUUCACAGUAAACCUGGUUAAUAAUGAAGGAGAUUUGACCAAAGCUUUGAGUGCCUCCCAGAUGUAUCUUGUUAGCACUUUUGGUUCCUAUGGCAACCAAGGUUUGCUCUUGAUAGGAAGAAAAUUUAGACUUUUACUUACAUUUAGCACCGAACAUGACAAUAAUAACAAACAUUCCCAAGUCAAACUGUUUUUGCUUUAAUGGAUGCAAUGCUGACAAAAAUAUGUAUACCAUGGAUUUGCCACUAACAAAAUGAGCAUGUAAAGAAGCAGAAAUAACUGCUUGAUCUUCAAUAUUUUUGCCUUAAGAGAUGUUUGCUUAUCAGCAAGAACAUAGUGUUCAAAUCUGAGCGGUGGUUUUAAUUGAUGGGUGGUGAUUUUAAUUGAUUUCACAAUUACUAGCAAGUAGACUUAGAACCAGACCCUAAAUUAUUUGUGGAUUGUUGUACAUUUUUCAUUCAAUUUAUUUUUAUAUCCACAUUUGUUGUGUGUAAGUUAAAAAAAAGUAUUGUAAGACUAAUUUACCUACUUAAGUCAAAUCAAUUGUAGGAGAUAUCUUGGUAAUUCAAUAUAAUCAUGAGGAAUAUAAUAUCCAGGAUAUUAAAGGUUUUGUGUUCAUUUUUUUCAUCAUAUUUAGUUUAAAUAAAGAUAAAUAUCUGUUAAA